AUGGUGCGGAUUGAAUAUGGCCGCUUCGAGGAUGCGGUCAUAUCCACCCGGAGGGCCUUGAAGCCGAGACAAGAAAUCAGUGCCUUCUUGAAAUGGCUCUGUUUUCUUCUGAAUCUGAUCAUCUUCUUGAUUGGAUUGGCCAUCUUAUCUUUGGGUAUUUAUUCAUUUAUCAAAGAUCCCAGGUCAGUUGCCGGCCCUGAGGACAUCCUUUUUAAUGCGUCCAUCGUCCUCGGCAUUCUCGGUAUCAUCAUUGUCAUCAUUUCUUUAUCUGGCCUUUUUGGGGCCCUCAGGGAGAAUUGGACUUUUCUCAAAAUCGUAAGUCAAUUUAAUUUAGCUAUUGCAAUCUAUUUUUACCUUUGUAAAUAAUAUUAAAAUGCGGAGUUUCAAUUACUUCGGAAAUUGCGUAAUUUUGAAUGAAUUUCUGUGCAAGAAUAUUCUCCUCGGUCCCUUGCUUUUAAGUUUUUCAAACUCAAUUUACCCUUGCUUCUCAAAUUAUUGGACCGUGACAUGAAUUUUUUAUGUCAUCGUCUUGAUUGUAGUCUGGCACUACAUUUACAAUACCAGUAACAUCAUUUUAGUCGGUCUGGACCGGGAUUCUCUGGUUUGUGGUGUUUGUGAUAGCUGUUCUGGGAACCUUCUUCAUCUUUUAUUCGGACAACAGCGACAAUUUUUAUAUCAAUACGAUGCUCGAUUAUGCAGUAAAAAGAUAUCAUCUGAACGGGAACAUUGCCGAUGCAAUGGAUUAUUUGCAGGAAACGGUAUCCGAAACACUCAAAAAUGAUUACAAAUUCAUUUAUUUAGAUGGAAUGCUGUGGGAUAAGGUCCUUGGCACAGGGAUACCGAGACUGGCAGUUGAAUGAGCAGUUCUACUGUAACGAAACAAAUAUAUUCCCAGAAAGAUGUGGGGUCCCUUUCAGUUGUUGCAAGAAGGCGAUCCUAGCUGAGGGAACGGCAGGGAAUCUGAAUUCAGCAUCAAGAUCGUUGAAUUGUUGGCAGAAUGCCUUGAAAAGACGGCCUCAUGAAUUGGAGGGGGAUCUUUAUGUAAGAGGAUGUAUGGUUCCCUUAAAGCAGGCCUUUGAAAAGAAUGCCAUCAUCAUUGCCAGUGUGGUCGCUCUUAUCGUAAUCUUUGGGGUAAGUGUCAAUUUAAUAAUUUCUCCAGAUACAAAUCUAUAUCCUUUAUUCUUUGAGGAUUUUACGAGGUUUGAAUCAGUCAUGAAAAACUAGAAUUGAGUUUUACAACCCCGUGUUUUUAAUAUCUCUAAGAGGUGUUAUUAUAUAGCCUUUGUCUGUUACGUGCCAGAAUUUCAUAGAUCUGAUAUUUCGAAGACGCAUUCAAUCCUCCCAAUAUACAUAUAAGAGUGAAGACAGAAGAUUUCGGAGGAAAAUUUUGAAAAUUUUUCGAAUUCACUUUUUUUUCGAUUUUGGAGUAAAAAUUUUUUUUACUCCCAAAAAUGCCAAAAAAAAAAGUAAACACGAAGUUUACUCCAAAAUUUGGAAAAAACUUUGAUUUUCGGGAGUAAACUGGGAGUUUACUCGCCGGGCACGUCGUUUUUUUCUGCUAAUUAUGGUUUGUCCCACCACGACUAAAUUUAUCAGUGCCAAAAAGUUUUGGCGUUGUGCAAAAAUCGGAAAAUUCACUUUUUAUUUUCCGCAGAAACUAAAAUCGACCAGUGCUAAUCGGAGAGCAAAGAAAACAUUUCGAAAAUUAGUGGUAUAGGAACGUAAGUCGCUAUUUUCACUUUUUGUUUGAUUUUUAGGAAUCCAUUGAAAUCGGAUGUCUAGUAUAAUAUAAAGUUGAAUUUUCUCGAAAAGUAGCUCUGAAACCUGGUCUGAUUUUUUCUGCUCAACUUCGUCAUAUCUUCAUGCAGCUCAUGAGCUAUCGAGAACCCCAAGAUUGGGAUCGAGGGUCAAGUUACCGGUCAAUCUUUUGUUAUUAUAGGUCAACUUUAGCGUGAAAUUCUGAGCUCAAGAAACGAUUUUACAAUACAGAUUUAGCGCAAGUGGCAGCCGCAACACGCCAAAUUUGCGUAAACACAAUUAUUUCGAUAUAUCGAUCAACCGUGUUGGCGUAAAACCGGUCGUGGUAAAUCAAAGUUUGUGGCGUUUCGUUCCGAUUUUUUCACUCAAUAAUGGAGCCGUCAAGCUAAAAAAUCACUUUUCAAUUACGCGCCAACGAUGUGCCGGGGCCGAGAAAUCGAAUGGCGGCGAGUAAAUCUGGAUUUUGCUCGCUUCCAAUUAUUUCCUCAGCUCCUGCAGUCAGCAAUGUUUUUGACUGGGCGGCCUCAAAAUCGACAUCCCAGUCACCUGAGACGAAGAAACGGGGAGAAAAAACGAAGAGAGCGAGAGAAACGCGCGCUAUUUCGUGCUCUCUCUGCUUCUCUGCGCCCUCUCUUCGUUUCCCGCUCUUUCGCUCUCUCUCUCCUUUUUUUGCGCUCUCUCGCUCUUUCUCUCGAAAAAGAGAGAGAGAGAGAGAGAGCGCGAAACGGAAAGAAGGCGCUGAGAGGCAGAGACAGCCCGAAAUAGCGCGCGUUUCUCUCGUUCUCUUCGUUUUUUCUCCCUAUUUCUUCGUCCUAGUCAACAGUUAUUGACCCCUCACCCAGUCGAGAAUCGCGGGAUUCCUGAAUGGACCACAGUCAGGAAGUGUUGACUGUACGAAGAGUCAGGAACCCCGCGAAAUUCGGCAAAAUUUUUCGAAAGUUCGGCGCGACUUUUGCGCCCAGGGGUCAACUGUUCCCCGGGAGUAAACUCUGGAUUUACUCGCCGGCACCUUCGGCGAGUAAAUUCUGAAUUUACUCCAAAAAAGGCGAAAAAAAAGUAAACUCGGAAUUCACUCCAAAAAUGGGAAUUUUGAAAGCUAUUUCGAUUCCUACUCGCCGACCCAUAAAAUUUCUCGAUUUUUACUCUCUUUUUCAAAAAAAACGUGAAUUCGAAAAAUUUUCAAAAUUUUCCUCCGAAAUCUUCUGUCUUCACUCUUAUAUCUCCAGAAAUUUAUAUUUAAACGUUUGAGAAAACAUUAUGAACGUCAAGAGAUCUGGAGGUUUGUUUUUUGCAUCAUCUGCUUGCUGGAUUUCUUAAUCCCCCCACCCAAUAAACUGCGGAUUUCCGGGUCUAUUAGGUCAUCAAAUUUAGCCUUAAGAGGAUUUGGAACGCAACGCAAUCUACUUCUUUCAACACGACUUUUCUUUUCAGUGUCUCUAUGUGUUCAUGGAAUACGUUCUGGCGCGACAAAUCGAAUACCAACAUUAUUUAUUGGAUCGGGAGGCGCGGAGAGCACAAAGAAGAGCACGAAGGGAAGCUCGGGAACGCGAACGUCGUGCGAAGGAACAAAAAGGAGCAGCUCAAGGAGAAACGGAAGAGGCCGAGGUGGAAGAUAAGAAGGCCAAGAGAAGGAAAGAGAGCAAGGAAACCGCCAGAAAGCCGUCUCAAGCCUCCCAGAAAUCUCCACAUACUUUCGGACAGCAAAAGAUCAAAGAUCGGGGUGCUCAGAUCCGCAAGAAAUCCAAGCCCUCAGGCCCUGCAGUUGCUCCUCGGGUCGCGGAAUGGGUACGGGAACAGUCAGAUUAUAUGCACAAGAUGAAGAAGUGA